AUGGAUAAAAAGGACGAGGAAGAAUCCGUAUUCGUGAUCGAUUGUCCACCAAACGAAGCCGAGUCAUCGGAAGAUUCUUCCAUUUGCGCGCUUGCAACGAUUUCCGAGUCGAGCACCAUCAUCCCACGAAGAAUCUCGGCGAAUAUCCCCAUCAUCGUACGGAAUUCCGCUUCUGUGAGAGGAUGCGAUGAAAACCUGGACUUUUCAUACAAGUUUAGGAAAGAGUCUGCCAGGUGCGGAGGAUUGAUCAAGCCCAUCCCGUUUAGAUGA